GUUAGAGCUGCUAAGUAUAAAAUGAUUUUGUCAAGGACAGGGGCAUAAGAUAGUGACCCUUCCCCUGCUCUGUUCCCCUUAGAUCCUUUUAGAACCCGGGAGUGGGAACUGUAGACAUGGUCAAGAUAGAGUUUGCACCCUUGAAUAUCCCGCUCAACCGACGUUUACAGACAGCUGCAGUUCUUCAAUGGGUCUUCUGCUUUCUCUUUGGAGCGCAGUGUUCUUUUUGUGUGUACGUUGUGAUCGUAUUGAAUGGAUACUGGCAAGUGGCUGCUCUGUAUGCCCUGUGGCUCUACCUGGACUGGGACACACCUCAGGCUGGGGGCCGCAGGUCUGACUGGGUACGCCACUGGACCGUGUGGAAACACUUCAGAGACUAUUUCCCCAUCCAUCUGAUUAAGACAUGUGACCUGGACCCAGAGAGGAACUACCUGAUGGGGUUCCAUCCUCACGGAGUCCUGGUCGCCGGAGCGUUUGGGAAUUUCUGUACUGAAUACACAGGUUUCCGGGCACUCUAUCCAGGAAUGACUCCUUACCUGCAUACCCUAGGCAUCUGGUUUGGCUUUCCAUUCUUCCGGGAGUACCUUAUGUCCUCAGGGGUUGUCUCUUGUUCCAAGAAGAGUCUUACCCACGUGUUGAGCCAGAAGGGAGGGGGCAACGUGUCAAUCAUAGUGAUUGGCGGGGCGGCAGAGUCCCUGGAGGCCAGGCCUGGGAGCCUCGUCCUGGAGGCCCUCAACAGGAAGGGCUUCGUCAAGAUUGCUCUCAGGUGUGGAGCUCAUCUGGUGCCAGUGUUCUCCUUUGGGGAGAAUGAUCUGUUUAAUCAGCUGAAGAACCCGAAGGGCUCCCUGGUCCGUACCAUCCAGGAGGGCAUGAGGAAGACCCUGGGCUUCAGUCUGCCUCUGUUCCACGCCCGGGGGGUCUUUCAGUACAGCUUGGGCUUCAUGCCCUUCAGACAACCCAUCUACACCAUCGUGGGAGAGCCCAUAGUGGUGGAGAGGAACGUGAGCCCCUCGUCAGAUGAGGUGGACAGGCUGCAUGGCUGUUACCUGGGGGCGCUGGCUAAGCUGUUUGAGCAGCACAAGGCUGAGUACGGGAUCCUAGAGCACCAGCACCUCAUCUUCACCUGACCAGACCAGCACUACACUGUAGGAUUGGACCAUUCAACCAGCUCCUGACCCAUACAGACAUUCAAACAAACAUAAUGAAAAGUGCACUACCGUUCAAAAGUUUGGGGUCACUUAGAAAUGUCCUUG